AUGGCUUCCUACGUGGAUAACAGCUUCCGCCAGGCGGUGAUGAAGAACCCCGCGGAGAGGACCUCCCAGGAUCUGGAAAUAGUGUAUUCCUAUUUACAUGGUAUGGAAGCCUUAUCAAACCUGAGGGAACACCAACUUAGGUUAAUGUGUGAAACUGUGAGAUAUGAAAGACACGAAGCAAAUGAAGUUUUAUACUAUCCUGAUGAUAUUGGGACCUGUUGGUAUAUUCUUCUCUCUGGUUCCGUGUUCAUUAAGGAAUCCAUGUUUCUUCCAAGAAGCAGUUUUGGCAAGCGUUCUGCAGGAAGCUUUAGGCGUGGCUGUGAAUGCAUUGUUUUAGAGCCUUCUGAAAUGAUCGUGGUGGACUAUAUGGAUGAAAAUGAAGAAUAUUUUCAGCGUCAAGCUUCUCAUAGACAGUCUCGAAGGAGAUUUAGAAAGAUUAACCAGAAAGGUGAAAGACAAACAAUUAUUGACACUGUGGAUCCUUAUCCCGUGGGCAAACCACCGCUGCCUCGAGGCUAUCACACACUGCCUGCAGAUUUCACAAAACUCCACCUUACUGACAGCCUCCACCCACAGGUGACCCACGUUUCUUCUAGCCACUCAGGAUGUAGUAUCACUAGUGAUUCUGGAAGCAGCAGUCUUUCUGAUAUCUACCAGGCCACAGAAAGUGAGGCUGGUGAUAUGGACCUGAGUGGGUUGCCAGAAACAGCUGUGGAUUCUGAGGACGACGACGAUGAAGAAGACAUUGAGAGGGCAUCAGAUCCUCUGAUGAGCAGGGACAUUGUGCGAGACUGCCUGGAGAAGGACCCCAUUGACAGGACAGACGAUGAUAUUGAACAACUCUUGGAAUUUAUGCACCAGUUGCCUGCUUUUGCCAAUAUGACGAUGUCAGUGAGACGGGAACUCUGUGCUGUGAUGGUAUUUGCAGUGGUGGAAAGAGCUGGGACCAUAGUGUUAAAUGAUGGUGAAGAGCUGGAUUCCUGGUCAGUGAUUCUCAAUGGUUCUGUAGAAGUGACUUACCCAGAUGGCAAAGCAGAAAUACUAUGUAUGGGAAAUAGUUUUGGUGUCUCUCCCACCAUGGACAAAGAAUAUAUGAAAGGAGUAAUGAGAACAAAGGUGGAUGACUGCCAGUUUGUCUGCAUAGCCCAGCAAGAUUAUUGCCGUAUUCUCAACCAAGUAGAGAAGAACAUGCAAAAAGUGGAGGAAGAAGGAGAAAUUGUUAUGGUGAAAGAACACCGAGAACUUGAUCGAACUGGAACAAGAAAGGGACACAUCGUCAUCAAGGGCACCUCAGAAAGAUUAACAAUGCAUUUGGUGGAAGAGCAUUCGGUGGUGGAUCCAACGUUCAUAGAAGACUUCCUAUUGACCUACAGGACUUUUCUUUCUAGCCCAAUGGAAGUGGGCAAAAAGUUAUUGGAGUGGUUUAAUGACCCGAGCCUCAGGGAUAAGGUUACACGGGUAGUAUUACUGUGGGUAAAUAAUCACUUCAAUGACUUUGAAGGAGAUCCUGCAAUGACUCGAUUUCUAGAAGAAUUUGAAAAUAAUCUGGAAAGAGAGAAAAUGGGUGGACAUCUAAGGCUGUUAAAUAUUGCAUGUGCAGCUAAAGCAAAAAGGAGAUUGAUGACAUUAACCAAACCAUCCCGAGAAGCUCCUUUGCCUUUUAUCUUACUUGGAGGCUCAGAGAAGGGGUUUGGGAUCUUUGUGGACAGUGUCGAUUCGGGGAGCAAAGCCACUGAAGCUGGCUUGAAACGGGGAGAUCAGAUACUAGAAGUAAAUGGUCAAAACUUUGAAAAUAUUCAGCUGUCAAAAGCCAUGGAAAUUCUUAGAAAUAACACACAUUUAUCUAUCACUGUGAAAACCAAUUUAUUUGUAUUUAAAGAACUUCUGACAAGAUUGUCAGAAGAGAAAAGAAAUGGUGCCCCACACCUUCCUAAAAUUGGAGACAUCAAAAAGGCCAGUCGCUACUCCAUUCCAGAUCUUGCUGUAGAUGUGGAACAGGUGAUAGGACUUGAAAAGGUAAAUAAGAAAAGUAAAGCCAAUACUGUUGGAGGGAGGAACAAGCUAAAGAAGAUACUCGACAAGACUCGGAUCAGUAUCUUGCCACAGAAACCAUAUAAUGAUAUUGGGAUCGGUCAGUCUCAAGAUGACAGCAUCGUGGGAUUAAGGCAGACAAAGCACAUCCCAACCGCACUGCCCGUCAGUGGCACCUUGUCAUCCAGCAACCCUGACUUGCUGCAGUCACACCAUCGCAUUUUAGACUUCAGCACUACUCCUGACUUGCCAGAUCAGGUGUUAAGAGUCUUCAAAGCUGACCAGCAAAGCCGAUACAUCAUGAUCAGUAAGGACACCACGGCGAAGGAAGUGGUCAUUCAGGCCAUCAGGGAGUUCGCUGUGACUGCCACUCCUGAUCAGUACUCGCUGUGUGAGGUCUCCGUCACACCUGAGGGAGUCAUCAAGCAGAGAAGGCUUCCAGAUCAGCUUUCCAAACUUGCUGAUAGAAUACAGCUGAGUGGAAGAUAUUACUUGAAAAACAACAUGGAAACAGAAACCCUUUGUUCAGAUGAAGAUGCUCAGGAGUUGUUGAGAGAGAGUCAGAUUUCCCUACUGCAGCUCAGUACUGUGGAAGUUGCCACACAACUCUCCAUGCGAAAUUUUGAACUCUUCCGCAACAUUGAACCUACUGAAUACAUAGAUGAUUUAUUUAAACUGAAAUCAAAAACCAGCUGUGCCAACCUGAAGAAAUUUGAAGAAGUCAUUAACCAGGAAACAUUUUGGGUAGCGUCUGAAAUUCUGAGAGAGACAAACCAGCUGAAGAGGAUGAAGAUCAUUAAGCAUUUCAUCAAGAUAGCACUGCACUGUAGGGAAUGCAAGAAUUUUAACUCAAUGUUUGCAAUCAUCAGUGGCCUAAACCUGGCACCAGUAGCAAGACUGCGAACCACCUGGGAAAAACUUCCCAAUAAGUAUGAAAAGCUAUUUCAGGAUCUUCAAGACCUAUUCGAUCCUUCCAGAAACAUGGCCAAAUAUCGCAAUGUCCUCAAUAGUCAAAACCUACAACCUCCCAUAAUCCCUCUAUUCCCAGUUAUCAAGAAGGAUCUCACAUUUCUUCAUGAAGGAAAUGACUCAAAAGUUGAUGGACUGGUUAAUUUUGAGAAACUAAGGAUGAUUGCAAAGGAAAUUCGUCAUGUUGGCCGAAUGGCUUCGGUUAACAUGGACCCUGCCCUCAUGUUCAGGACUCGGAAGAAGAAAUGGAGGAGUCUGGGGUCCCUCAGCCAGGGUAGUACAAACGCAACGGUGCUAGACGUUGCUCAGACAGGUGGGCAUAAAAAGCGGGUACGUCGUAGUUCCUUUCUCAAUGCCAAAAAGCUUUACGAAGAUGCCCAGAUGGCUCGGAAAGUGAAGCAGUACCUGUCCAAUUUGGAGCUAGAAAUGGAUGAGGAGAGUCUUCAGACGUUAUCUCUGCAGUGUGAGCCAGCAACCAACACAUUGCCUAAGAAUCCUGGUGACAAGAAGCCUGUCAAAACUGAGACCUCCCCAGUGGCUCCGCGGGCAGGGUCACAGCAGAAAGCACAGCCGCAGCCCCAGCAGCCACAGCCGCCACAUAAAGUCAACCAAGGACUGCAGGUCCCCGCCGUGUCCCUUUAUCCUUCCCGAAAGAAAGUGCCCGUCAAGGACCUCCCACCCUUCGGCAUAAACUCUCCACAAGCUUUAAAGAAAAUUCUUUCUUUGUCUGAAGAAGGAAGUCUGGAACGACACAAGAAACAAGCAGAAGAUACGAUAUCAAAUGCAUCUUCACAGCUUUCUUCUCCUCCCACUUCUCCACAAAGUUCUCCAAGGAAAGGUGGCAGUGGCAAUCAGCUGAGAUCUUUUGGCUCCGGGCAGUUGGACUUAACCAGUUCCUCCUCUUCUCUUGGAAGCUAUCCUCUGGCUCCCAGUGGUACUGUGGAUAACUUUUCAGAUUCUGGUCACAGUGAGAUUUCUUCACGAUCCAGUAUUGUCAGCAAUUCUUCCUUUGACUCGGUGCCCGUCUCGCUGCAUGAUGAGAGGCGCCAGAGGCAUUCUGUCAGCAUCGUGGAGACAAACCUAGGCGUGGGCAGGAUGGAGAGGAGGACCCUGCUUGAGCCCGAUCAAUACAGCUUAGGGUCCUACGCACCCAUGUCUGAGAGCCGGGGCUUCUAUGCUGCAGCCACAGUAAUUUCUUCCCCGAGCACCGAGGAGCUCUCCCAAGACCAGGGGGAUCGCGCUUCACUCGAUGCUGCCGACAGUGGCCGCGGGAGCUGGACCUCAUGCUCAAGUGGUUCCCAUGACAACAUCCAGACCAUCCAGCACCAGAGAAGCUGGGAAACGCUUCCAUUCGGGCACCCUCACUUCGAUUAUUCAGGGGAUCCUGCAAGUAUCUGGGCUUCAAGCAGCCAUAUGGACCAAAUGAUGUUUUCUGAUCAUAGCACAAAGUAUAACCGGCAGAAUCAGAGUAGAGAGAGCCUUGAACAAGCCCAAUCCCGGGCGAGCUGGGCCUCUUCCACGGGCUACUGGGGAGAGGACUCAGAAGGGGACACCGGCACCAUAAAGCGGCGGGGUGGCAAAGACGUCUCCAUUGAAGCGGAGAGCAGCAGCCUGCCCCCCGUGACCACAGAGGAAACCAAGCCUGUCCCCAUGCCUGCCCACAUAGCUGUGACCCCCACUGCUGCCAAGGGACUUAUUGCUCGGAAGGAGGGCAGGUACCGGGAGCCGCCGCCCACUCCUCCAGGCUACAUCGGGAUCCCCAUCACCGACUUCCCAGAAGGGCCUUCCCAUCCGACCAGGAAACCUCCAGACUACAACGUGGCGCUGCAGAGGUCCCGGAUGGUCGCCCGCCCCUCUGAGGCGGCUGGGCCGGCCCCCGCCCCGCAGCCACAGGCGCACCCCGGGGCCGGGGCCGGCCGGCCCGUGAACAAGCCCCAGUGGCAUAAGCCCAACGAGUGCGACCCGCGCCUCGCCCCCUAUCAGUCUCAAGGGUUUUCUACCGAGGAGGACGAAGAUGAGCAAGUAUCUGCUGUUUGA